UCUAACAUGCACGGUAGUUCUUACCAUCUGCGUAUGGCAAUGGUGAUACUUCUACGUGCCUUCAAUCUACACCGUAAUGGAACAUUGUCGGAAUUUAAAAUUACUAUGGAAAACCCGGAUGCUGGCAAAUUUGACGACGUCGUAUUUCACUACUCACUGCCAUCGACACCGAAGGAUUUUGCUUAUGUUUACAUACAGGCCAAACAUAAACUGACUACUCCAAAUUCCAUCAAAGAAGGUGCAUUGCUUACGAAUUGGAACUCGAAGAACGCUUUUUCGAUUCCCAUGUACUUUAUCUCAUACCUUGACAUGUAUGUACUAUCUUUGAACGGUUCUCAUACUUACAUUUUAUGUACCAACGCAAGCAUAGAUGAAAGUGUGAAAAAAUAUGUUGUAGCACGAAAACACGAUAUUGAUCACAUACUAUCAUUUUACGACGAAAUAGGUGCAACGUGUCACACUCUUAAUAGCACAGAAUUUAAAACCCUUCAUAAUGAACUACGAAGUGCUAGUUUAGAAAAAUUAGGGCAAAUGAUUGCGAUACACGUCAAGUAUAAAAAGUUGAUGAAACGUAAUAUUGCUAUAUUCAACGUUUUCAUGGAUUUAAUAGCUAUUUGUGUAGAAGAAAAUGUGUCAGGGACAUAUCAAUUCACUCAAACGUUUCGCGAUCCAAAAGAAAAUACGCUUCUAUGGAAAUUGAGAAACAGUUUUGUGCAAGAAUAUUUCAAACCCCAAAAUCAACUCAUUAACCAAGUAAACUGGGAAGAAUUUAAAAUUCUGAUAGAUCAGCCUUUUGCAGAAGCCAUUUCAAACGUUAUCCAUUUAUCAUCCGAGGAAAAUUCGUAUUUCGAAACAGUUGAUUUAGUCAUUCAACAAUUUUAUGAAAAAUUCCUGUUAGUUUGUGGAUCCUUCAAUGAGACAGCAAUGUACAAUAAGAUUUUGGAAAUAAUGCCAAAUUGGAUAAAUAAUGCGAAAGGAACGUACAACGAUCUGCAGCAAAUGCUGUUUAAUGGUAUGGUAAAGACUCGCUUGCUUAUAAGUUUGCAGGAUCUUAAACAACUUUUUCUAGAAACAAAUGUAAAUGACAAUUUUACCAAGGUUCAAACGUUUACGAAUGAAUAUCUUAGCUCUAUGCAUGAUAAAUAUCGUCACGUUGUUGUAAAGCCAUGCUGUUUAAAUGACACUGAACUGAAUGAUUUUAUUAGACGCUCAUCACAUUGUGGGAUAUAUCGGUAUCGGAGCACAACAAAUAUGAAAAUGAAUUCCUUAAUUGUAUCACAUACCUUAGCGCUUCGUCAAUUUCAGUGUUUAUUUGUGAAUAGUACUUCUUCUAAAGUUAAAGCUAAUAUAUCAUGUAUCGUUAGUGAGUUAAUGGAAUUCAUUACUGCUGUGGAUAUCUCUACUGAAUACAUUAUCACGAUCCUUGGACAAUUGGAAAGAGCAAUUCUUAGAGACGUUAAGAGUCACGCAAAGGCAUAUAACAUGAAAAUAAUCAUUGUUGAAGAGCCAGCCGAAGAAGAUCUGUCUGAAGAUUGUUCAUUCGUUUGUGACCUUACCGACGAAGCGAGGAAGCAGCUAUUUGAACAGUACAAAAACUUGAAGCUUUUUGGAACGACAGUAGCCCUCAGCAACGUAGUACGAGAAAAUGAUAAUUUGAGCUUGUUGUCUAAUGUUUUGGAAAAAUAUGGCAACGCCGAAGUGCAUGAUAGUGAAAACCUUAACCUAAAGAACUUUGUAAAAAUUAAGCGGUGGUAUAUUCCACGAUCUUGUGUUCCAUACUCGGAGGUUACACUGGAAUCUGAACAGUUUUUGCUCGAAAACAAAAUCACUGCGGUAAUGCUAAAAGCAAUAUUUGCUUUGAAAGAUAAAACGUCUAUACUUCCGGAUGUAUUAAAGUACGAGUAUAAUGCUAAAGUGCAUAUCUUUUUAGAUGAAGCCGGACAUGGAAAAACCACUUAUUUCACAUGGUUGGCAGCGGCUAUAUCGAACGAUAAUCCUUCGUUGUUUGUCAUACGAAUGAAUGCUUUGCAAUAUUCCACAGAUUUCUUUCAAUUACAAGCACUCGAUCUUAAAACACUUGACGAUACAGAAGUAGUUAGGAUUCUCUAUCGCCUUCUGCAUCUUACCUUAUUCGUGUGUAAUAUUCACAAUAAAACAAAUACGGAGGUUGAUGUGGAGCGACAUAAAGCCAAUCGAACCGCACAACUUUUACAAGUUUCGAAUGGGAAGAUUAUUCUUGAUGAGAAAAAAUCUGAAAUGUCUAAAUUACCACUGGAACAGUUGUUGGAACUUCGAUUGUUUCAACACAAGUUUAAUGAAAGGUUGUUUGUUUGUUUAUUGGAUGGGUUUGAUGAGAUUGCGCCAUACUACAAGGAUUUUGUAAUGAGAUAUUUUGAAAGACUAUCAAACUUUUCAGGUGUUAGAAAUCUGUUUCUUUCGACUAGACCGUACAACUUUAGAGUUGAGUUAAAACAAACAUUCCCUGGUUGUAAGUUAUGGCAACUAGAACCGUUUUCCCAGAGAGAUCGAAUACUAUUUUUAAUAAACUAUCUCGAACAUAACUUAGAUGACUUCAAAAUUUGCAACGAAAAUCAACGAAUUUCAAUUUUGGAAAAUAUGUACUCUCUCACCAUCGAUAGCAUACAAGAUUUAAAAAUAAUACCACUCUUUUUGCACAUGGCUUCAAAAGUUUCACUAUCAAAAAUUGAAAACCAUAUAAAAACUCAGCAACAAACAAUAACACAAGAAACAAAUUUUGAUCAAUUACAAGUUAUAACCAAUUUUGUAGAAGAAAAAUUAAAAAUACUAAACCACGAGAAAGCGGGAACCAUUCACUCCGUUUCAAUGUAUCCCGUACAAAGAAUGAAGAGCGACGAAGCAAACAAACAAAUAAAAAGACGGCACAAUCUUUUGGGUAUGCUAGUUAUAUUCAAUAAAGGAGUCAGAACUAGUCUGUUGUCUGAACAGGAACAACAAGAAGCUUUGGAAUUCAUGCAGGAUGUGGCAAAAGGUAACGAGAAAACUGGCAUUAUUCAAGAAGUACGCAAUGAUAUUCCUCGUUUCACUCAUCGAAUUUUUGCUGAAUAUUUUUCGGCAUGCUGGUUGUAUAAUAACAAGCGAACUAUGACCACUGAAAGCUUUUUCCGAUCACGAACAUUUUGGACCUCAGAGCUGCAUCGAGUGAGAGACUUCCUUAAUAGAAUGAUUGUAAGAGAUAGCAGAGGGUGUGAUAUACACAUGGCUGUAAUCAAUCAAUCAGAACGAAAGAUUAGUGAAAUACUUUCGACUAAUCCUUCGGCUGCAUUUGUGAAGGAUGAUGCUGGUCGACUACCCCUUCAUUUGGCGAUGAUGUAUUCCUCAAGAGCAAUUGACAAAAUGCUAACAAAAGAUAUGCCACUCCAGUAUAUCAAUUUAAAAGAUGAACUAUAUCAAUGGACUGCUGUAGACUACGCAUUUGCAAUGAGAUACGACAUAUCAACCAAAAUCCUAUUGGCUGCUGGAGCGGCAGUGAAUGAAGACAUCUUACUCCAACAAAUACUUGCUAAUAACCUUAAGGAUUUGAUGCUUGGCGCACAUGACUAUGGAAUUUGGUUGAACGCACAUGAAAACUACAAGAUGGUUUCAAGAAAACUACACUUUAACUUAGUCGAUAAUUUGAUAAACGAAAGACAACUUGACAUCUUCUCAAGUCGCAAGGAACUUGACUCCUUGACAGUCCUAGAGUUCUGUACCAAACAUAAUAUGAUUGGAGUGUUUAAGCAAUUUCUGACACAAAUUAACAUACGCAGACAAAUUUUAACAGAACAAUCAAACAGCUUAUUGCAAUUAGCAUCAGAAAGCGAUGCGCAUGACAUAGCGGCAUACCUAAAGGAUCAAUGUAAUAUGCCUCUAUUACAAACUAACGAUGGUGCAGAGCUCAUUUCAGCCUUAAAGUCUUCCAUCAAACAAAAUCAAAUGAACUCAUUUAAAAUUAUUUUUCAGCAACUUUGCUUACAACUCAAAAUUCUUGUUAGAGACGAUUCAGAAAUUGUCGAAGACACUCUUGAUCCCAGUAAUGACAAUAUACCAUCGCUAGACAAAGAUGAUUUUCCAAAGGCUUGUUGUGUGCGGAGUUCUGAUGUUGUUCAAUUAUCGUUGCCUGAAUACGAUGAAAAAGAUAUCCUCCAUGAAGGUUACCUGAUCGAAGCACUUCUUGCUAAAGCAGUACAUGAGGGAAAUUUACAGAUGGUCAAAUACAUCACACAGAAGACUAACUUGGUCGUUACUAAUGGACUCAUUGUGAAGGUCAUGAGAUUGUUACCGAAGGAGGAAGAGGUUUGCCAUGCGAAGUCAAUGUCUGCAUUUGUAUACCUACUAGACAGAACAACCGACCGCAAUACUCCCGACGCUGAGGGUCGAAACUUGCUUCAUGUGACUGCUCAAAAUGGUUGUUUCUUCAUGCUGUAUUGUUUGAUUACCAAAGGAUUUGAUCCUACAGUGACCAAUAUAUCAAAUGGACGAAAUGUGUUUCAUUAUGUUAUCUUCAAUGCGGAUGAAGAUCGUUCAGAUAAAAUAUUGGAGUUCCUAUUGAAACAUUGUGGAAUGAAUUGGUUUGAUUCCAUGAAUAGCUUGGUUGAAUCAAAUGAGCCUGAAGCUUCCAACAACGAAUCGAACUACCCAAUGACAAAUCAAAACUCCCGAAAAACCAUAAAGCUUAACAAACGACGACAUGCUCUGUUGGCCAUGUUUGCCAUAUUCAGGAAACAGGACUUAGCAAACAUGUUGUCCGACCAAGAGUGGCAGGAAGCUACGCAAUGCAUGCGAGAUGUGGCUGAAGGUAAUGAGAAGUCUGACUUCAUAAAAGGAAUGCAAGCAUACAAUCCUCAAUUCACUCUUCGAAUAAUAGCUGAAUAUUUUGCGGCUUCUUGGAUUUACGAAAACAAACAUCGAAUGAGAAGUGAGAGAUUCUUCCGAUCAUGGACAUAUUGGAAUGGAAGGGUUCAUCGUACUCGAAGCUUUCUCAAUAGGAUGAUUGUAAGAGACAGUGAACGAUGUGAUAUACAUAUGGCUGUAAUCAAUCAAUCAGUCCAGCAAGUUCGUGAGAUAGUUUUGAAGUAUCCUUCAGCUGCAUUUGUGAAGGAUGCUGUUGGUAGACUACCCCUUCACUUGGCAGUUAUUUACCCGUCAAGGGCAAUUGAAGAUUAUCUUACAAAUAAAAUGCCGCUUCAAUCCAUUAAUUCCAAAGAUGAACUCUUUCAAUGGACUGCUUUGGACUACGCAUUUGCAAUGAGCUACGAUACUACAACCAAAAACUUACUAACUGCUGGAGCGGCAGUAGAUGAAGACACCUUACUCCAACAAAUAUUAUCAAACAACUUAAAAGUUAUGCUGAUUGAUUCACACGCUUAUGAAGCAAGGUUGCAUUCUCGCGAAAAUGCCAAGAAGAUUGCAAACCAGCUGCACGUUCGGUUGGUAGAGUAUUUGCUCAAUGAAAUACAACUUGACAUCUUCUCUCCUUGCAAGGAACUUGACUCCUUGACAGUCCUAGAGUUCUGCACGAAAAGUAAUAUGAUCGGGGUUUUUAAACAAUUCUUAGCCCGAAUGAACAUUCGUGGAAAAUUUUUAUCCGAUUUGUCUAAGAGUUUGAUUCAAAUUGCAUUGGAGAACAAGGCCCAUGAUAUUGUAGAAUUCCUUAUGAAUGAGUGCAAAAUGAUACUUCCCCAAGAAAAUAAUGGAAUAGAACUUAUUUCGGCCCUAAAGUCUUCCAUCAAACAAAAUCAAAUGAACUCAUUUAAAAUUAUUUUUCAGCAACUUUGCUUACAACUCAAAAUUCUUGUUAGAGACGAUUCAGAAAUUGUCGAAGACACUCUUGAUCCCAGUAAUGACAAUAUACCAUCGCUAGACAAAGAUGAUUUUCCAAAGGCUUGUUGUGUGCGGAGUUCUGAUGUUGUUCAAUUAUCGUUGCCUGAAUACGAUGAAAAAGAUAUCCUCCAUGAAGGUUACCUGAUCGAAGCACUUCUUGCUAAAGCAGUACAUGAGGGAAAUUUGCAGAUGGUCAAAUACAUCACACAGAAGACUAACUUGGUCAUUACUAAUGGACUCAUUGUGAAGGUCAUGAGAUUGUUACCGAAGGAAGAAGAGGUUUGCCAUGAGAAGUCAAUGUCUGCAUUUGUAUACCUACUAGACAGAACAACCGACCGCAAUACUUCCGACGCUGAGGGUCGAAACUUGCUUCAUGUGACUGCUCAAAAUGGUUGUUUCUUCAUGCUGUAUUGUUUGAUUACCAAAGGAUUUGAUCCUACAGUGACCAAUAUAUCAAAUGGACGAAAUGUGUUUCAUUAUGUUAUCUUCAAUGCGGAUGAAGAUCGUUCAGAUAAAAUAUUGGAGUUCCUAUUGAAACAUUGUGGAAUGAAUUGGUUUGAUUCCAUGAAUAGCCUGGUUGAAUCAAAUGAGCCUGAAGCUUCCAACAACGAAUCGAACUACCCAAUGACAAAUCAAAACUCCCGAAAAACCAUAAAGCUUAACAAACGACGACAUGCUCUGUUGGCCAUGUUUGCCAUAUUCAGGAAACAGGACUUAGCAAACAUGUUGUCCGACCAAGAGUGGCAGGAAGCUACGCAAUGCAUGCGAGAUGUGGCUGAAGGUAAUGAGAAGUCUGACUUCAUAAAAGGAAUGCAAGCAUACAAUCCUCAAUUCACUCUUCGAAUAAUAGCUGAAUAUUUUGCGGCUUCUUGGAUUUACGAAAACAAACAUCGAAUGAGAAGUGAGAGAUUCUUCCGAUCAUGGACAUAUUGGAAUGGAAGGGUUCAUCGUACUCGAAGCUUUCUCAAUAGGAUGAUUGUAAGAGACAGUGAACGAUGUGAUAUACAUAUGGCUGUAAUCAAUCAAUCAGUCCAGCAAGUUCGUGAGAUAGUUUUGAAGUAUCCUUCAGCUGCAUUUGUGAAGGAUGCUGUUGGUAGACUACCCCUUCACUUGGCAGUUAUUUACCCGUCAAGGGCAAUUGAAGAUUAUCUUACAAAUAAAAUGCCGCUUCAAUCCAUUAAUUCCAAAGAUGAACUCUUUCAAUGGACUGCUUUGGACUACGCAUUUGCAAUGAGCUACGAUACUACAACCAAAAACUUACUAACUGCUGGAGCGGCAGUAGAUGAAGACACCUUACUCCAACAAAUAUUAUCAAACAACUUAAAAGUUUUACUAAAUCAUGCGCAUACUUAUGGAAUACAAUUACACUCUCGCGAAAAUGCCAAGAAGAUUGCAAACCAGCUGCACGUUCGGUUGGUAGAGUAUUUGCUCAAUGAAAUUCAACUUGACAUCUUCUCUCCUUGCGAGGAACUUGACUCCUUGUCAGUCCUAGAGUUCUGCACUAAACAUAAUAUGAUCAGUAUAGUAAAACAACUUGUGUCUCAAGCAGAACUGUUACGAAAUCUUUCAACCGAUCAAUCGAAUCGUUUGUUUCAAUUAGCGUUAGAAAAUAAAGCACAUGAUACAACGUUAUAUUUCAUUGAUGAGUGCAAAAUGAUGCUUCCAAAAGUAAAUGAUACUGCUGAACUUAUUGCUGUCCUUAAAUCAGCCUUUGGCAAAAAACAAAUAACUCCAUUUAAAGUUUUAUUUCAACAACUUUGCUUACAACUCAAAAUUCUUGUUAGAGACGAUUCAGAAAUUGUCGAAGACACUCUUGAUCCCAGUAAUGACAAUAUACCAUCGCUAGACAAAGAUGAUUUUCCAAAGGCUUGUUGUGUGCGGAGUUCUGAUGUUGUUCAAUUAUCGUUGCCUGAAUACGAUGAAAAAGAUAUCCUCCAUGAAGGUUACCUGAUCGAAGCACUUCUUGCUAAAGCAGUACAUGAGGGAAAUUUACAGAUGGUCAAAUACAUCACACAGAAGACUAACUUGGUCGUUACUAAUGGACUCAUUGUGAAGGUCAUGAGAUUGUUACCGAAGGAAGAAGAGGUUUGCCAUGAGAAGUCAAUGUCUGCAUUUGUAUACCUACUAGACAGAACAACCGACCGCAAUACUUCCGACGCUGAGGGUCGAAACUUGCUUCAUGUGACUGCUCAAAAUGGUUGUUUCUUCAUGCUGUAUUGUUUGAUUACCAAAGGAUUUGAUCCUACAGUGACCAAUACAUCAAAUGGACGAAAUGUGUUUCAUUAUGUUAUCUUCAAUGCGGAUGAAGAUCGUUCGGAUAAAAUAUUGGAGUUCCUAUUGAAACAUUGUGGAAUGAAUUGGUUUGAUUCCAUGAAUAGCUUGGUUGAAUCAAAUGAGCCUGAAGCUUCCAACAACGAAUCGAACUACCCAAUGACAAAUCAAAACUCCCGAAAAACCAUAAAGCUUAACAAACGACGACAUGCUCUGUUGGCCAUGUUUGCCAUAUUCAGGAAACAGGACUUAGCAAACAUGUUGUCCGACCAAGAGUGGCAGGAAGCUACGCAAUGCAUGCGAGAUGUGGCUGAAGGUAAUGAGAAGUCUGACUUCAUAAAAGGAAUGCAAGCAUACAAUCCUCAAUUCACUCUUCGAAUAAUAGCUGAAUAUUUUGCGGCUUCUUGGAUUUACGAAAACAAACAUCGAAUGAGAAGUGAGAGAUUCUUCCGAUCAUGGACAUAUUGGAAUGGAAGGGUUCAUCGUACUCGAAGCUUUCUCAAUAGGAUGAUUGUAAGAGACAGUGAACGAUGUGAUAUACACAUGGCUGUAAUCAAUCAAUCAGUCCAGCAAGUUCGUGAGAUAGUUUUGAAGUAUCCUUCAGCUGCAUUUGUGAAGGAUGCUGUUGGUAGACUACCCCUUCACUUGGCAGUUAUUUACCCGUCAAGAGCAAUUGAAAAAAUAUUGACCGGUUUAAUGCCUUUCCAAAAUAUAAAUAUGAAAGAUGAACUCUUCCAAUGGACCGCUUUGGACUACGCAUUUGCAAUGAGGUACGACACAUCAUCUCAAAACCUUUUGGCCAUUGGAGCGACAGUGAAUGAGGACACUUUGCUACAACAAAUACUAUCCAACGAUUUAAAUAAUUUGAUGAUUAAUGCACAUGACUAUGGAGUAUGGUUAAACUCUCAUAAUACCUCCAACAAAAUGUCGAAACAACUAUAUAAACAAGUAGUGGAACACUUGCUGAAUGAGAAACAUCUCGACAUUUUUUCUAUUCAUGAAGACAUUGGUUCAGUAACAGUGUUGGAAUUUUGUACGAAACGUAAUAUGAGUGGUUUAUUUCAACAAUUCUCAUUACAAAUGAACUUUCGAUGGUUGCUUUCAACAGAAGAGUCUACACGUUUAUUGCAAAUAGCAUUUGAAAGCAAAGCACAUGAUAUUGUCUCAUAUCUGGUUGAUGCUUAA